UAUGAGGCGGUCCACCUCCAAUUACAAGGCCGUGUCGUUUUGAUCAACAAGACCUUGCUUCGCCUUUUCUGCCCUUACUACAGAGCAGUCUUCGAUAGCGGGUUCGCAGAAAGCAGGCAGAAGAUCGUCAGUAUGGGUAUCGAGUACGAAGACAUAUCUGUGUUCGGCCAUUGGUUGAACUCUGGUCGUCUGGUCGUAUCUGAUUACGGUCAACUUGUCAGACUCUAUGUCUUUGCCGAUUACCACGACUUCCCUGCUCUCCGCCGUGCGAUCAUGCUGAAACUCGACAGAGGUGGUGCUGUGUUGGUCAAGUUAAAGCAUGACCUCAUCACCAUCCGAGAGAAGAUCGCUUGCGACUUGAUAUGCCAACUGAGUUCCGCGAGCUGGUCCAGGAUGACUUGGUCAACAUCUACUCCAACAGACACUCCUACACAUCCUGCAAGUGUUGUCACAAUCCCUGCGACUACCAUGAACACUCUUGCUUCGUGGAAUGGUUUUCCAAAAUCUGCCAGAGCC